CUUCGCGAACUUGUCAUCUCACCCAACGCUUCCGAACAAUUUGUGGCGACUGUGUGUGCAUGGUGUCUAGCCCGUCUUCGUCCAAUUUGCAUGGUCCCACCAACCCAGCUGCUUGCUCAACUGCGUCGCAUUUUGCAGUCUGCUGCGUCUAACGCUACUCGCCCGCGAAAUUCAGUCAGUCGUCGACCAGAUGGGACAAAGCGUUCCAGCCGGGUGAGUUCCGACUCUCAUCGUCGUUCCGCGAAACCCACUUUAGAUGCACUGACUCGGAUACGCGAAGGAAGUCCAUUCAAUGAUGGUCCCGGAUCGUUACCACGACCGGUACCGGCCUCUCCAUCAGAUUCUGAGAUGACUUCGGAUACUGAAGAGGAUGAGGACGAGGAUGAAGAUGAUGAUGAUGAUGAUGACGAUGAUGAUCAAGACCAAGAUGGUGAUGGGAAUGGUGACGAGGAGGGUGCUGUUGGUAACGCGGGUGUUAUGCCGUCUAGCACAAAUUUAGCUCCGACUGUUUCUAGCAUAAAAGACUGUUCCACCGGAUUGUCAAGCACCGCUGCCAAGGACGUCAAAUCUUUGCUUGAUUUCAGUCCGGAUUCAUCGGCAAACAAGCAGCUGCUUGGUGCUUGGUCCCGUUGUCCAUUGCUGAUGGAUAUGCUGUACUUGGCGUAUGAGUUACUGCUGGUAAGAAAUUGUCGCACUUCACAAAUUCUGUUUUAUCUUGAACUCAAACAGUUGGAGAAUCGAAUUCGAUGUUGGUAUUAUUAA